AUGGAGCCCUUCCAGGUGCGGAGGCUGUCUUGCCGGACAAUCCAGUUGCCGCCUCUGGCCUUCAGACAGGCAGAGCAGUACUACUCCAGGCUGGAGCCAGACACAGGCCCACCACGGCCCACCACACUGCCACUACGCACCCCGCCACUCAUCGCCAUCACCUCUGCCGACGCCAGCAGCUUCGAUGUGGACAAUGGUACGUCAUCAGGUCGCAGCCCCCUGGACCCGAUGGCCAGCCCGGGCUCUGGCCUCAUCCUGCAGGCCAACUUUGUCCACAGCCAACGGAGGGAGUCAUUCCUCUACCGCUCCGACAGUGACUAUGACCUCUCGCCGAAGUCUAUGUCCCGAAACUCCUCCAUUGCCAGUGACAUUCAUGGUGACGAUAUGAUUGUAACGCCAUUUGCACAGGUCCUUGCCAGUUUAAGAACCGUACGGAACAACUUUGGUGCACUAACAAAUCUACAAAUAGACCGAGCAUCCAACAAGAGAUCACCCAUGUGUAACCAACCCCCCAUCACCAAGACCACCUUCACAGAGGAGGCCUACCAGAAACUGGCCACUGAGACCCUGGAGGAGCUGGACUGGUGCCUGGACCAGCUGGAGACGCUGCAGACAAGACACUCAGUCAGCGAGAUGGCCUCCAACAAGUUCAAGAGGAUGUUGAACAGGGAGUUGACUCACCUGUCAGAGAUGAGCCGCUCUGGGAACCAGGUGUCCGAGUUCAUCUCCAGCACUUUCUUGGACAAGCAACACGAAGUGGAGAUGCCAACCCCUCAGUCCCAGAAGGACAAGGAGAAGGAGAAGGCGACCAAGCCCAUGUCUCAAAUCACCGGGGUUAAAAAGCUGCAACACUCCUCCAGCCUCACAAACUCCAACAUCGCUCGCUUUGGAGUGAAGACUGAGACCGAGGAUGAACUCGCUAAGGAGCUGGAGCAAGUGAAUAAAUGGGGCCUUAAUGUUUUUAAAAUCUCAGAGUUCUCUGGGAAUCGGCCGCUAACAGUCAUGAUGUACACGAUAUUCCAGGAGAGGGACAUGUUAAAAACUUUUAAAAUUCCACUCGACACCUUUAUAACUUACCUGAUGACCUUAGAAGACCAUUAUCAUGGCGAUGUGGCCUACCAUAACAACAUCCACGCUGCUGACGUCACCCAGUCGACUCAUGUGCUGCUAUCCACCCCUGCCCUUGAGGCUGUGUUCACAGACCUCGAGAUCUUAGCUGCCAUCUUUGCCAGUGCAAUUCACGACGUGGACCAUCCUGGAGUCUCCAACCAGUUCCUCAUCAACACCAAUUCGGAACUAGCGCUGAUGUACAACGACUCGUCCGUGUUGGAGAACCACCACCUAGCAGUUGGUUUCAAGCUCCUACAAGAUGAGAACUGUGACAUCUUCCAAAACCUGACCAAAAAACAAAGACAAUCACUGAGAAAGAUGGUCAUUGACAUCGUUCUAGCAACAGACAUGUCGAAGCACAUGAAUCUACUGGCUGAUCUGAAAACGAUGGUGGAAACUAAGAAGGUGACCAGCUCAGGUGUUUUGCUGCUGGACAACUACUCUGACAGGAUACAGGUUCUCCAGAACAUGGUGCACUGUGCGGACCUGAGCAACCCCACCAAGCCCCUGCAGCUGUACAAGCAGUGGACGGACCGCAUCAUGGAGGAGUUCUUCUGCCAGGGUGACCGGGAGAGGGAGCGGGGCAUGGACAUCAGCCCUAUGUGUGACAAGCACAACGCCUCAGUAGAAAAGAGCCAGGUUGGUUUCAUAGACUAUAUCGUUCACCCUUUGUGGGAGACGUGGGCUGACCUGGUCCACCCGGACGCCCAGGACAUCCUGGACACGUUGGAAGACAACAGGGAGUGGUACCAAAGCACCAUCCCCCAGAGUCCGUCUCCUGCGCUGGACGACCCUGAGGACGGCAGUCGACCCCCAGGAGGGGACAAGUUCCAGUUUGAGCUCACCCUGGAGGAGGACGGGGAGUCGGACACUGAGAAAGACAGUGGCAGCCAGCCGGAGGAGGAGGAGGAUGAGGAAGAGGAAGAGGAGGAGGAAGAAGAGGAUGACGAGGAGGAGGAGGAGGAGGAGGAGGAGGAGGACAACAGCUGUACUGACUGUAAAACACUCUGCACGCAGGACUCUGAAUCCACUGAGAUUCCAUUGGACGAACAGGUGGGGGAGAACGAAGAGGAGGGUGAGGAGGAGGAGUUGGCGGAAGGGGGGAAAACACCUUGCUCGCAACCGUGCGUGGCGGAGGAAAAGGUAGCAGAGGUGGAAGAGGAUGAGCAGGACAAGGAGAAAUCCCCCGACACAUAGCAGUUAAUAGACAGCACCUGAUUAACUGUUCUUCUUAGUAAUUACAGAUGAUUAUUUAUAGAAUAUUUUUUGGGUUUUGUGGAGUCUGUCUGUGUUUUUUAUACAUCUAUGUUUAUGGUUCCAAAGCGUUCGCUGCUCUCCACCUUGGCCACUCCUUCGCCAGCUUUGUUCAGACACGCCCACCGGUACUUCUUCAAGUUUUUUUGCACUCAGGAAAACACCUUUCCAUUCCCAUUCGUA